UUCUCUAAUCGUUUAAAAACAAGAAAUGGACAGUGACGGGGGUAAGGGGGGAUACCUAGUCAUAUUUUGCGUCGUCACUGUAAGCGAUCACGACUCUCAAAAAAACUGUUUACUUCUGAGGAUCACUUUAGCACCGUCCUAAAAACCAGAUUCAAAUUCGACACAAACCUUCAAAUAGCUGCUCAUGGCCUCAGCGAUGAACAGAAGGAGUUUCAGAAGAUGGCAUUUGACUUCGCAGCCCAUGAAAUGUCUCCACACAUGGCUGAGUGGGAUGAAAAGGAAAUCUUCCCGGUGGAGACCAUGCGAAAGGCUGCCCAGCUGGGGUUUGGGGGGAUCUAUGUACAGCCGGAGGUGGGGGGAUCUGGCCUGUCUCGCCUGGACACCUCGGUCAUCUUUGAGGCGUUAUCGACAGGCUGUGUCAGCACCACAGCCUACAUCAGCAUUCAUAACAUGUGUAACUGGAUGAUUGACACCUUCGGCAACACCGAGCAGAGGGAGAAGUUCUGCCCUGAGCUUUGUACGAUGGACAAGUUUGCCUCUUAUUGUCUCACUGAACCAGGCAGUGGCAGUGAUGCUGCUUCGUUACUCACUACUGCAAAGUUGGAAGGACACCAUUAUAUCCUCAAUGGUUCCAAGGCCUUCAUCAGUGGAGGAGGAGACACAGACGUGUACAUAGUAAUGUGUCGGACGGGAGGGAAAGGUCCCAAGGGGAUCUCCUGUGUGGUGGUGGAGAAAGACACUCCAGGACUCAGCUUUGGCAAGAAGGAGAAGAAGGUGGGAUGGAACUCUCAGCCAACUAGAGCAGUGAUCUUAGAGGACUGCCACGUCCCAGUGACCAAUCGGCUGGGUCAGGAGGGACAGGGCUUCAACAUUGCUAUGAGAGGCCUGAACGGAGGCAGGAUCAAUAUUGCCUCUUGUUCUCUUGGGGCGGCCCAUGCAUGUGUACAGCUGGCGAGAGAUCACCUACUAGUACGCAAGCAGUUUGGAGAGGCUCUCUCCAACAACCAGUUCCUGCAGUUUAAGUUGGCAGAGAUGGCAACCAAGCUAGUGGCAUCACGUCUGUUGCUACGCGAGGCUGCCGUGGCACUGCAGGAGAGCAGGUCUGACGCUGUGUCCCUCUGCUCCAUGGCCAAACUCUUUGUCACUGACGAGUGCUUCAACAUCUGUAACCAGGCACUCCAGAUGCAUGGUGGAUACGGUUACCUCAAAGACUACGCUGUUCAACAGUUUGUCCGGGACAUCCGAGUACACCAGAUACUGGAGGGAACAAAUGAAGUGAUGCGGAUGAUAAUUGCCAGAAGUUUACUGUCAGAGUCUGGAUAAAUGUAAUGCCAUGGGCCAUCCAAAAUGGACUUUGUCUUGAAGGGGUGGUGGUGGCAGCCAUCAUGUGGCGUGUGACUGGAUCCCUCAAGUGUCUUUUUAAAGGGGGAAAAUACUAUAGCAGUUUUGUUUUUGAGAUUGUAAACAGGACAGGAGGACCUAAUGGAAUUAAAUGUUAUGUAAACAUGUGAUUUAAAUAAGUUACUCAUUGAGAGAUACAGUAUGGAAGUGGAACCACGUUAUAAAUGUAAUAUUUCUCCAUGCUGUAUUUUGUGGUUAAGUAUUGUGAAGCGUUUUGGUUGUCUUGCAAUAAAAACAAUGCAUCUAUA